CGCCCGGCCCCGCCCCCCCUCCAGUUCCUCCCCAAGCUAAGUUCAUUUCAGCAGUCACAACAUGACCACGCCGGCUCUCCUGCCACUGUCGGGCCGCAGGAUACCCACUCUGUCGCCGGGCGCCUCCUCUUUCCCGCACCACAGGGCCACGCUGAGGCUCUCUGAGAAGUUCAUCCUCCUCCUCAUUCUGAGUGCCUUCAUCACCUUAUGCUUCGGGGCCUUCUUCUUCCUCCCGGACAAUUCCAAGCACAAGCGCUUUGACCUGGGCUUGGAGGAUGUGCUCAUCCCUCAUAUUGACUCGCCCAAAGAGGGGAAGCAUGCUUCCGGACAGGUGGUCAUCCAUGGACAGGGAGGACACGACGAGCACAGACACAGGGAGGAGGAGGAGAGCCUGCGGGACAAGAUUCGGGCAGACCAUGAGAGAGCACUGCAGGAGGCAAAGGAGAAGCUGAGGAAGUCACGUGAGGAGCUUCAGGCUGAGAUUCAGACAGAGAAAAACAAAGUAAUGGAGGACCUGAAGAAGAAGGAUCCAGGGCCUAAACCCUUGCCACCUGUCCCCAUGCCCAAAGUGGUGGGUGUCAGUGAUGGCGAGCCACCAGAGCCUGACGUCAAAGAGAAACGCGACAAGAUCAGAGAGAUGAUGAAGCACGCAUGGGACAGCUACAGACAGUACGGCUGGGGUCACAACGAGCUGAAGCCCCUCGCCAAGAAAGGACAUUCCACAAAUAUCUUUGGAAAUUCCCAACUAGGGGCAACCAUUGUGGAUGCCUUAGACACCCUCUACAUCAUGGGUCUGCACGAGGAGUUCAAGGACGGCCAGGAGUGGGUCGAACAGAAUCUGGACUUCGGUGUGAAUGCAGAGGUGUCCGUGUUUGAGGUCAACAUUCGUUUCAUUGGAGGACUGCUGGCCGCCUACUACCUCUCUGGACAGGAAGUAUUCAAGCUGAAGGCGGUCCAGCUAGCCGAGAAGCUGCUCCCUGCCUUUAACACCCCCACAGGAAUCCCUUGGGCCAUGGUCAACCUUAAGAGCGGUGUUGGUCGUAACUGGGGUUGGGCGUCGGCGGGCAGCAGCAUCCUGGCUGAGUUUGGGACUCUCCACAUGGAGUUUGUUCACCUCACCUACCUGACAGGAAACCCUGCCUACUACCAGAAGGUGAUGCACAUCCGGAAGCUGCUAGCCAAAAUGGACAGACCCAACGGGCUCUACCCAAACUACCUGAAUCCCCGUACGGGCCGCUGGGGCCAACAUCACACCUCAGUUGGAGGACUUGGGGACAGUUUUUACGAGUAUCUGCUGAAGGCAUGGCUCAUGUCAGACAAGACAGAUACAGAAGCCCGCAAGACCUAUGACGACGCCAUCGAGGCCAUCGAGCGCCACCUGAUACGCAAAUCCAACGGCGGUCUGACAUUCAUUGGUGAGUGGAAGAAUGGCCACCUGGAGAGGAAGAUGGGCCACCUGGCCUGCUUUGCCGGCGGCAUGUUUGCUUUGGGCGCUGACGGCUCACCCGACGACAAGGCCGGACACUACUUGCAGCUGGGAGCUGAGAUUGCACACACCUGCCACGAGUCCUACGACAGGACGGUGUUGAAGCUCGGCCCGGAGGCCUUCAAGUUCGACAGCGGCCUUGAGGCGGUGGCCGUACGGCAGAAUGAGAAGUACUACAUCCUGCGGCCGGAGGUCAUCGAGACCUACUGGUACAUGUGGAGGUUCACCCACGAUCCCAAAUAUCGGCAGUGGGGCUGGGAGGCAGCGCAGGCCAUUGAUAAGUACUGCAGGGUGAGUGGAGGUUUCUCGGGGGUGAAGGACGUCUACUCCUCCAACCCAACCUACGAUGACGUGCAGCAGAGCUUCUUCCUGGCUGAGACGCUCAAGUAUCUGUACUUGUUGUUCUCCAGCGACGACCUGAUGCCGUUUGAGAGUUGGGUCUUCAACACGGAGGCUCACCCACUACCUGUCCUCCACCUGGGCAACAUCACCCUGCCUGGCAGCGAGCCAGCUCAGCGGUAGACAGACAGGCCCUCCUCCUCCACCACCGCAGCACCAGGGGGCGCCACCUGUCUGCCUGCCCUCCCAAAAACCCACCCACCAACACUGGACAAACUUUCAUUCAGCUCUACAGACUCUCAACUGCUUUUGGACUGCAGACAUCAACCAGAGAAGAUGGAGAGACAGACCACUGCAGCGCGGAGAGGACUUGGCUGUUAAGUCUCCCCUCUCUUCUUCUGUGUUUCACUCUUUGACUCUCUCUGUCAAUCUCUCUGUCUUCUCUGCUUAAAUCAGAAAGACGGUGGGUUUGCUGCUCAGCCUCGCGACUGGCUUGAAUUGACUCUUUUCUCUGAAGGACCGAAGCUCCAAAACCGGAGGCUUGAUUAGGUUUUUUGUUUCUUUUUUUUUUGUUUUGUUAUUAUUUUUAGUGUUUAUUUGAGAUUUGACCAAACUUUCCUCCAAUACAGACUCUAGCUGAGGCACUGAGAGUGCAAAUGGGGUUUUGUGAAGCAUCACACAGUCAGUUUGACACUGCACUGAUGGAAGUGUCAUUUUUCCAGGCAGACAGACUUGAGGACUUUACAGGGUCUGUUGAUGAGUUGUGGUUGUUUUUUUUUUAAUUUUUUGUUUGGACAAAUCGUUAAUGGGGACACAGGGUUGAAUCAAAGCCCUCCGCUUCUCCCUGACCCUCCCCCCUCCCCCCUCUUCCUGUUUAAUCUUCAUCAGACCGAACUUUGACCUGGAACUGUUAGCAGCUCGUCACAUCAUCAGUGCGAGGGCGGGCUGUGGCAACAGUCCCCAUCUCCUCCCCUAACCCUCCUUUUUUCAGAAAAGUGGACCAUUGUAAGUGGAACAGUAAUUACACAGGGACAGCAGCAGGUCACCCAUCUUCACAACUCCCCACCUCGGCAUCUUUCCAGUUCCUCCUUCCAGUUAGAGACGUUACCGGGCCACAACUUUUUCCCCAAAAACAUUCUGCUGCUACUUGCUUGGAUGCUGCUUUUUUUUUUUUAUUUCUCUCCUCCACCUUUUUCUGAUCACACCAUCGCAUAUUUCCCCCCAGCUUAUCAACCCUUCUCUUAUCUCUUCUUAUUUCUCGCCUUUUCAUAAAUCACUGCAAAUCAUUUUCAGGUCAUACAUUGUGCGAUGAAGCUAGAACCCAACCAUGCUAAUGUAUGAGUGUGUGUGUGUGUGUGUGUGUGUGUGUGUGUGGUGGUUACCUCUGCUGUAAAUCAUUUAUUUGUGCACUUUGUAAGGGAUGACUAUAAAGAAGAGGAAAGUAGAGGUGUAGCACUGAAAGAGCUGAAUAAAUGAAGACUUUCCCUGCUGAGCCCCCUUGACACAUUUUCUCUGUUCAAUAUCACCCCAUAUCACCAGUUGGACCACUUAACAUGAACUCAUCAUUGUGUUAAAAUUCUCUGUGAUUUUUCUUUACCACCAUCCCUCUCUUAUAUCCUACUUUAUACCUUCUCUCCUCCCUUUUAACCUCUACCUCUCCUGUCCAUAAAAAAGUCUCUGAGGCCUUUAGUCUCAGGGUUAGGGUUAACUUUUGGAUAAAUGUUAAAACUGUUUGGGAAUUACAAAACUAUUUUGAUUGAAAGUGUGUAAAUGUUGUUUCCACACUUUCAGUACAUUGUUGCAAACUCCUCUUUGUGUUAAAGCUGCAGUAGGUGACUUUGAUAAAAACAAAUUUCAUUAUUCAUUAACUUCAUUAAUGCUGAAAUGUUCAAUUCAGUAGUGUAUGAGACAGAUAAUCUGUGGAAAAAUGAAGUUCCUCUGGCUUAUUAUAGCGCUGAUAUAGAGCAAGAGUCUACUGGGCCUGGACAAAAACAACCAAUCAGAGCCGAGAAAGAUAUAAAGACGUUUUUUAAGCUCGAAGAUAGCUGAUCAUUGACUCUCAUUCCCAGGGUCCCAGAAUGUAUUGACACCCUGGGAACGAGACUCAACAAUAUCCAUCUAUUUCACAUCUGAUUGGUUGUUUUUGUUCAAGCCCGGUGGAUUCUUGCGACAACAAUUAGGAGCACUAGGAGGAGCCAGAAGAAAGUGUACUACUGUCAGGAUAUAGUGAAAGUUUCAUAGUUUUACCUACUGCAGCUUUAAUUAUUUCAUUGAACAAUCAUGACCAGCUAGUGUACAGAGUGAUCUGACCCCAUUCAUCAUGUUGUCCAACUGCUAAAUGCUGACAUCAUAUCAUCAAUCAAACAUCAGAAUCUUGAUAUCUGUGAAGAAGCUGAGGACAUUUUUUGGCUGGUAUCUUUACAGUUUGAAAUGCACAUCCUUUGCUGGGUUUCUCCUCUCUGUAAGAGUUUGGUAGUAGGAAUAUUUGACUGGCUCUGUAUGGUGUUCUCCAUCAAGACCUUAGCCCUGCUGAGAUAAGUCAAAGCCACCACACACUGCGCUGUCUGCUCAGUUACCAGCAUGGUUCUGCCUCUGUUCCAUCCAAAGCAGCGUGAAGGAUUUACUGCUCGACUCGCUCAAGUAAUGGAUACAGAUACAGCCUGUUCAAAAUAUAUUAGGUUAGCAAACAACCAAAACAACAGUCCUCCCUGGUGAUUUAAUGAAUGCAGGACACUGACUUAAGAAUUUACACAUUUAUUAUUCUGAGACUCUCUAAAAGGCAUUGGGCAAUAUUUUUAUACUAAAAUCUACAAUGAUUUACUGCCCAAACUUAAGUGAUGCUGGAGAAGAAAAGUAAUCUGAUUCCUGUUGACUUAGAUUGCUGCUGAGUCAGUUUAAACUCCACUUUAAAAGUGGAAUUUAAAUGUCAACACAUUUCAUUCAACACCAAUAUGGGAGUAUACUGCAAGUGUUUCCCUGGUGUACAAGAGCCAGACCUGGAAAACUGUCAGUGCAGAUUUAAAGGACGACAGCAGCAUCAGACACAUGACCCCUUUAGAUUCUGUACGGACUUAACCAUGACCUUUUCUGUGAGUCAUGAUUGUAGCUGAAGUGAAAGACAUCUUAACCAGCAGGGAGGCAAAAUGGCAGCGGAGGGAAGGACGGGAUGUUGAGUGAAGGCAAAUAAUACAUGAAUGAAACCAACAAUUUCCUUUUUAGAAGUGAGAUUUUCAGUAUGAAAUCAGUUAAACCACUUUUUGCUGUUGCUGUAACACCAAUGUCAAGAACUACAAUCCAUUAACCAAAUGCUUUGAAUUUUUUAUUUUCAAAUCUCUCUGAUCCACCCUCCAUAGUGGUAGUGGUAGAGUUUUUUUUUAUCUUAUCGUCACUUAGUGUUUAAAAACACAACAGGCUUAAUGGUGGGCUCAUUACAGCAAAUGUGUGUGUGUUAGAGAGAGCGAAAGUGAGACAUUUUGUGAGCUAAUAAAUAAGGCUGUGGCUGCCAGUUUGUGUGACAUCAACCUCUGAUGUGACUCUGCGUAUCAACUGACUGGUUUUGGUAAAGAGAGGAAACUGAGCAGGGUUUCACUACUAAAGAUGAUUUUUAAUGCAGGCGUUGAAGCUGAAGAGUAGGAAUUGCCCUAAACCAGAAGAUUUCUUUGUUGUGUGUGUCUGUCUGUUUCUACUUUGAUUUUUUUCAAGCCUUAUUGUCAACUGUGACGCCUUGGCCAAUACUGUGCUCUUUCACGCUCUUUGCUUUGUGUUUUGUAACACAUCAUGACGAUAUAAAUUCCUUCUUAUUGUUUUUGUUUGCACAAACAUUGUCUGUCCUCUGACGCGCACAUAAAUUGGAAAUUGUGAUGGAAUAAAGAACAAAGUUGACUUGAUACCAGGCGACAUGGGCAAAAAUAACAGAAAGCGGCUUUAACAUUUUGUUCAGUGCCCAUCCAUACGUCUAAAAACGUAUCAAAAUGCUGACUUUCUAACAGCUCACUACAUCCCCACAUCCUCACUAAAAUUGGCCCUGUUGGGCAGUAGGUCAGCUGCUCGUCUCUAAAUAGAGCCAUAACGUAGAAGGCAAAAUUUGCCUACAGCUCUACUGCUUUCACAACACAUGUGAAACUGUUUUUACCUGUAGGUGAUGAUUAAAGUCACUGAUUGUAAAAAAAGGAAAUCAGCAACAAGGAUAAAAUGGAGUUAUAUGGAAAUUGUAAGCUUUAGUUGUUCCCAAUCUCGCUCUUGAUCUUUGCCUCAAAAUGCUUCUCAAUUGAUUACAGUAUGUUGGCAGCCUAACACAAAGACAUAGUAAAUGGUAAGAUUGAACUGAUGAGGCUGGAGAUAUUCUUUUCUUGGCAACAAAUCCCAUGAAAAGACCAAAACUAACAAUGAAUGUAUCCUAUUAACAAGAAGUCUGUGUGUGUCCAAAGCCUGAUAUGUCUUUUUUCCCUGUGCCAUUGUUGUCCUAUUACUAUUAAGAACACCACACUGUGGCUCUGGGUGGGAUGUUCCUUCAUUACCAUGAACACACACUACUUUAUUUUGACUCACACCCUCCUGCUGCCAGAAAUACUCCCUAGAGCACUAAAUGUGUAUUAAUCCGCAUCUGAAAAUAGUCCUCAACGAAUGUACUGUUUAAGUAACUUUUGAUAAAAACACUACUUUUUGAAAAUAAGACUACAUGCUCAUGUACAUGAGCUGUUUUUACAUAUUGUCUUCAUUAGUAAUGAAUGGAUGAAUGAAUGAGAGUCACAGAGAAGGGGAGGAAAGUCGGAAAGUACAGAGAAACGCAUUGUUGGUUUUGGUCUUCAUGGGAUUGGGUGACAAUUAUACAGAAUAGAAUAAGAAAUUAAAAAAAACUAAACAUAAAAUAAUGUAUAUGAAAUAUGCCUUAUACUUGAAACGUGUUUGGAAAUGGUUGUCAGAUGAUUUCAUAUGUAGGACCUGAUUUGACAAACCAGCGUAGGUAGCAGUUAUCAAAAAAAUAUCAAAAUGUUAGUUGGGUUUAUGAAGGCGAAAUGGCUUUGACCAAACUACUGGCCAACUUUCCCGUCAAUGUUGAGUUUAUUUUUAAUCAGUUUAAGUUUAGGGGAACCUCUCAACUCUCCUCUGCAGGAUGGAUCAGUGUACAUACAGGAAAUAUCUCUGCCCAGUCCCCCAUUCAACACAUUUCCCUCCCUCCAUACAUUUCUCUCCAUCAUCCAUCCAUCCACUAUCAUCCUCACAUACAGUCCAUUGAUGCAGUACAGUCUUGGCUGUCAGCCCCGAUCCCCCAGUCUUUGACAUCACACUGACAUCAGGCUGACAUCAUCACCACCUAUUUCUGAUAAGGAGGAAGCCCAGGGGAAACCUGGGUGGCCAUCGAGUCGCUGGGAGCAACGUUGAUUUUGAAAAUUGAGUGUUCUGUAUUUGUAUUUUUACUGAACAAAAAAAAAUACAAUUAAAGUAUCUGUAAAUAUGUUUAAAACUGAGACACAAAUUCAAUAAAGAUGUUAUGAAAAGU